AGGCAGUGCCAACUUGUCCUUUUUUUUCCUUUGAUGGAACACCAGAGCACUCGCUGUUGUUCCAUUUUAUUACUACUACUUGCUCCGUGCUUCGUUGUUUCUUCUCUUCUCUUCUCCACUUUCUACUUUCCACUUCCUUCCCACCCUCCCUGGAGACACCACCAUCAUGAUGAACCCAUGCUUCUGCUCCUUCUCCUUCUUCUCCUACUACUGCUUCUUCUCAUUGACUCCUUCCCUUGCCCUUGCACCACUCACCGCCAUCUCCGCAACUCAAUCUCUCUCCGGUGACCAGACCCUUCUCUCCAAAGGUGGAAUCUUCGAACUCGGUUUCUUCAAGCCAGGUAACUCCUCUAACUACUACAUAGGCAUGUGGUACAAGAAGCUCUCUCUACAAACAAUUGUUUGGGUUGCCAAUAGAGACCACCCUGUAUCUGAUAAGAGCACUGCCAACUUCACUAUUUCAAAGGGUAACUUAGUACUCUUUGAUGAGUCUCAAACUCAAGUUUGGUCAACCAACAUAACUACCUCUCCUGCUUCACCUUCUGCACUAGUAGUAUCUAUUCUUCUCGAUAAUGGGAACCUCAUAAUUAGUAAUAAGCCUAAUGCAUCAUCAUCAUCAGAAGCCAUUUGGCAGAGUUUUGAUCACCCAACUGAUACAUGGCUUCCCGGAGGGAAAAUCAAACUUGAUAACAAAACAAAGAAGCCUCAGUAUCUAACUUCAUGGAAGAACAAUGAAGAUCCUGCAACUGGUCUCUUCUCUUUGGAAUUGGACCCUAAAGGGAGCACUUCAUACCUUAUUCUUUGGAACAAGACUGAACAGUAUUGGACGAGUGGCCCUUGGAAUGGUCAUAUCUUCAGCUUGGUCCCUGAGAUGAGGUUGAAUUACAUCUACAAUUUCAGCUUCAUUUCGAACGAAAACGAGAGCUAUUUCACCUAUACAGUCUAUAAUUCUUCCAUUAUAUCGCGCUUCGUGAUGGAUGUUUCGGGCCAGAUCAAGCAACUGUCAUGGCUGGAUAGCAUUCAGCAAUGGAAUUUGUUUUGGUCUCAGCCGAGAACGCAGUGUCAGGUUUAUGCUUUCUGUGGUGCCUUCGGGAGCUGCACCGAGAACUCAAUGCCAUACUGCAAUUGCUUGCAAGGUUUUGAGCCAAAAUCAAAGUCUGAUUGGGAUCUUCAGGAUCAAUCAGGAGGGUGUGUCAGGAAAACAAGUUUGCAAUGUGAGAGUUCAAAAUCAUCUAAUGGUGAAAAGGACAGGUUUCUACCAAUCCUAAACAUGGCAUUACCGAAACAUUCAGAAGAAGUAGGGGCAGGAACUAAAGAGGAAUGUGAAUCAACGUGCUUGAACAAUUGUUCCUGCACUGCUUAUGCAUAUGGAAGUAGCCAAUGUUCAAUUUGGAAUGGAGAUCUCUUGAAUCUGCAGCAGCUAUCUUCAGAUGAUAGCAGUGGACAAAUCUUGUACCUAAAGCUUGCAGCUUCUGAGUUUCAUGAUGCUAAGAGCAACAAGGUGCCAGUUAUUGGUGGCAUUGUGGGAGGUAUUGUUGCCAUAGGGAUUCUCCUCGGCCUUGUUCUGUUCUUGGUGAUUCGGCGAAGGAAGAGAAUGGUUGGGAAGGGAAAGCUAGUGGAGGGUUCACUGGUGGCAUUUGGGUACAGAGACCUACAAAACGCAACCAAGAAUUUCUCAGAGAAAUUGGGAGGAGGGGGUUUCGGUUCUGUGUUCAAAGGUUAUUUGGGUGAUUCAAGUGUUGUGGCAGUGAAGAAGCUUGAGAGCAUUAGCCAAGGAGAGAAGCAGUUUAGAACAGAAGUUAGUACUAUUGGGACAGUUCAACAUGUUAAUCUUGUUCGGUUAAGAGGUUUCUGCUCCGAAGGCUCCAAAAAGUUAUUGGUUUAUGAUUACAUGCCAAAUGGCUCCUUAGAAUUUCAUCUCUUUCAGAACAACAACUCCAAGAUCAUGGACUGGAAAAUGAGGUACCAAAUCGCGCUUGGCACGGCCAGGGGAUUGACUUAUCUUCAUGAUAGUUGUAGAGACUGCAUCAUACACUGUGAUGUCAAGCCUGAGAACAUUCUUCUAGAUGCUCAAUUUUGUCCCAAAGUCGCAGAUUUCGGCCUUGCAAAGCUUGUUGGAAGAGAAUUCAGCAGGGUCCUUACAACAAUGAGAGGAACAAGAGGCUACCUUGCCCCUGAAUGGAUCUCUGGGGUGGCUAUAACCCCCAAAGCAGAUGUCUACAGCUACGGAAUGAUGCUUUUCGAGUUUGUAUCCGGCAAGAGGAACUCUGAGCCUUGUGAUGAUGGCAGAGUGAAGUUCUUCCCUACAUGGGCUGCUACUCUUGUAACUGAAGGCAGCAAUGUCCUUAGCCUCUUGGACCCUAGGUUGGAGGCGAAUGCGGAUGUUGAAGAGGUCACUAGAAUAAUCAAAGUAGCUUCUUGGUGUGUCCAAGAUGAUGAAUCUCAUAGGCCAACCAUGGCUCAGGUUGUUCAGAUACUUGAAGGGAUCUUGGAUGUCGCUUCGCCUCCCAUUCCAAGAACCCUUCAAGUGUUUCUAGACAACCAGGAGGACAUAGUCUUCUUCACCGAUUCCAACUCUUCCAACCAGAGCUCACAGGUGAAGAGCACCACCACUGUCUCAACAACAUCUCAACCCAAAAGUAACAUCUCUUCAGCAAGCUCCAAGUCCUUAGGAGGAAAUUAAUUAGUGGAAAAUUAAUUGUAAUAAUGUAACGUUUGUGUCUUAAUAAUAUAAUAUUCUCUAUC